GGAACAGUCUUUCAGGUUGUCCCCAGGUGCAGCCCAUCUUUGAAGAUCCAUCCUCUCCCAGGGAUGAGAUCUUUGGAGCUUCUGUUGGUGGUUCUGUAGCUCUGGGAUUUUACCAGAUGGGGUUACUAACCCCAUGCCCAGGACCUUUCGCAGUCAGGCUUGACACCGUCCACGGCAGAGUUGAUAUUCUGACCUGAAGAUUUUUAAAUUCGUCAUCCAUGGGAUUUUGUUUGAGAUGAAGAUGGAGGAUGUUGAAUCACGAUUUGCACAUCUUCUUCAGCCGAUCAGAGAGCUGACAAAGAACUGGGAGAUUGAUGUAGCAGCUCAACUGGAGGAGUAUUUGGAAGAGUUGGACCAGAUCUGCAUUUCCUUUGAUGAUGGGAAAACAACAAUGAACUUUGCAGAGGCUGCGCUGCUGAUCCAGGGUUCUGCGUGUAUUUACAGCAGGAAGGUGGAGUAUCUGUAUUCUUUGGUGUACCAAGCACUGGACCUCAUAUCCAACAAAAAGCGGAAUCAGAAGCCAGCAUCUAUUGGGGAAAGUGGUACGGAUCAUGAUAUUUCUUUGGAUAAUCAGAAUGCGGAAAUGGAAUUUUUGUCUCUAGAUGACAUCGAGUGUCCCUCAAAAAACAGCAUUGAUAUGGAGAAAGAAGACAAUUCUCCUGUUGUGAGCAUUAUCCCAAUAACGCCACUGGCACUGGUACCACCUGAAGAAAUAGAAAAAAAGAACAAUCCACUGUUCAGCCGAAGAGGAGAGAUCCUGGGUAGCCGCAAGGAUUUCCGAAUGAAUACGUGCACUCCUCAUGCCACUGGUGCUUUUAUUUUGGAGCUGAAAAACGCAUCACCAAUGAGCUAUCUAAAUAAGCAACAGCAGGACAAUGCAGAACAUAAUAGGAAUGGCCUGCAAGAUUUUGCACAAGACAUGGUGAUGGAUAAUCACGACAGUAAAGCUCCUGUUCUAGCAUUGCACUUUUCAGAUGAUGUAGGCCGCACAGGAAUUGAUGAUGGUGGCGAUGCUGAUGAUGAUUUUCUCCCACAGUUACCAGAAGAAAAGAUGGAUCAGGAACACAUUGCAAGACAGAAGGGUGUAUCUGAGGCUCCGGGUUAUGCCCUCCGUGAGAAACGAGUGAAAACAAUUGACCCAGUGGACAGAAAGGAAGUGCUUGAUCCUUGGAGGAGCUUGGACCCCUUUGAAGCCACACAAGACAAGCCAUUCAAGAAAGGAAGGUAUUUUAUCAUCCCAUCAUGUGUCAAUGUCACAGGAACCAAACGGAAGCGGAAAAGCUUUGGAAAAGUGAAAGACUUUGGGAAAUGGUUCUCUGGAACAUAUUAUGGUGGACAGAGUGAUACAAAGAACAAAAAAAGAGGACCGAUGUUUGCAGAUAUGGAGGUUCUGUACUGGAAACACAUGAAAGAAAGACUGGGGGCACAAAGGAAGUAUCAGCAGAGAAUGAUUGCUCUACGUGGGCGAGUAAUAGAAGAGUUAGAAACUGAAGCAGGAAAUGUGGAAGAAGAAUUAAACAAGUCGCAAGAACAAGAUGAAGACCAUCUGGAUUAUGAUGGAGUGGAAGAUGACUAUGGCAUUGAUUUGGAACACGAAGUUGUUGGAUCUCAGGAAAACCAUUGCCCCUUGAAUUUGGAUCCUCUUGGAGAAGCUGGAUUUGUGAGUUAUGAGGAGCUUGUCAGAAGGAAUGUGGAACUGUUUAUUGCUAACUCCCAGCAGUAUGCCCAGGAAACUGCUCUGUCACUUCGUGUUAAGGACUGGGAGGAAAAGAUUGGCCCAAGACUAGAAAAAGAAGAGGAGAGAGCUGCCUUUGCCAUCCAUGAUUAUGCGGAUAGAAUUGUGGAUGCAUUUGAUUACAUAAAACAAAGACGUUCAUUUGCAAAUAUUGUGUCUGGAAAGGAGUCAUUUGAGGUGUGUCGAUACAUGCUCGCCUCUCUACAGCUGGCUAAUGACUACACGGUGGAAUUAUGGCAGAGAGACGGAUUGUAUGAGUCAGUUGACACGAUGGAACUCACGUUGCUGAGCAAAGUAAGAGCUCAUGAUCGGUUCCGGACCUACAUGGCUCCAUCUCUUUCCAAUAAAUAAGAAAACUCUCAAACCUUCCUGCGUCUCUCACAGCCUUUAAAGUUGCUAACUCUCCUACAUAUUACUGAAAGCCGUAAAUGGAGAAGGCUGUGCUGUUUCUGCUUGAUGUACGCAGCUAAUGUCUGAGAUGUUGCUCAUGAACAAGUUGCCUGGAUCUUUCAUUUGAUGGAAACCUUCCUUAACAUUAAAUCCUCAACAAAACAAUUUGUGGAUUGACUUUGAAAAGAAAGAGUAAUUAUGUUUAAAUAUUCUCAUGUGUAGUUCCAGAUUAUUUUAAGUACAGCAUGAAUAUUGAAAUGCAUCCUUUACAGUAAUCUUUUAAGCCACUUUAUUUGCUCUUAUUUUUCCGCCUGUGCUGAAGACAUAGCUUUCUCAUUAAAUGAAUUCAUUUACUGUUAUUAAGGCACCCGAGUUUCAGAUUUGUGUCAAGAAAUGUUUGGGCUUGUCCAUGCUUCCCUGGAGUGUCAGCAAUGUCACAUUCUAGGUUGGUAUUAGAUCUACAGUAUCAUCUUCUGAUUGGAGUGCAGUUUAAGUGAGACACAUUUUCACCCUCCUUAAAAUUUCCCAGAUUUGGAAAUCUCUUCAAAUACUAUAUGUAACUUAGUGCUGGUUGUAACUUUGUAAGAUGCAAUGCAGUUCUUGUAUGUUUUGGGGGUCAGAAUUGUGGUUGAAUAUUUCCCUUGCUGUUUACUGUAAACAAGAAUAAACCUUGUCAGUAGUACUGAGGGAGGGAACAUGAGUGGGAUGGUGGGGAACCAGGAAUGAUGCUCUAAUAUUGAUUAGUAUGGUUGGUGAAGGUGUGUAUUGUGUUUAUUAAGAAUAACUGGAGAUCAUGAUGAGUUUGGGUACACAUUCAAUGCACUUUUACCAAGAACAAUUUUUAAAAUAUAACUGUCUAUCAAAACUUGUAAACUUGGACAUUCUAUUUAAAGCUUUUUUAUAGAAGUGAUGGUAUUGCAAGAUCUGUAGAACUACGCUAUUCAAGGCAAUUAUUGUAUCCAGGAUAUAAUAUUCUGUUGACAAAUGCUUUUAGCAUAUGCUCAAGAGGAACAACACAAAAAAACAAUUACUAUGCACCAUUGUGGGGUGUGGGGCAUUCUCAUUGUUAAAAUAAUUACAAGCAAAAUUUCAGUGAGUGGAAAAUGGUAAAAAGUGAAUCUUCCUCUGUUGCAGUGUCAGUGGCCUUUGUUACUAUGACAGCAAACAAAUCAGUGCACUGUACCAUCUAUUUUGUAUAUGUGUAAAAUAAAAAUUAAAAUGAUUUGAAAUGAAUGAUUCUUUAAGAAUUCACAGAAUGUCAUCAUGUGUGUAGAUAACAAACUCUUCAGUGCAGUACAGUGAAGAGACACUGGCGGUCAAGUUGUUCAAGGAUUCUGAUUGACCAUUUGGCUAUUUAUGCAUGGAAUGUGUCAGUGACAGAGCCAGAAAGUAUUUUCACAGCAGCAGCAUUUAAUUCCAUAACAAGAUAGAGAUCACAUCCAGAGUUUGGAUUAAUAAGUGGUGAUUCUUAUCCCAACCCAACCAAUACAUACCGAUCACCAAGAACAGAACCAAACCAGUUGUCUCUUGACAUGAUAAUUGAACUAGCAUGUUUAAAAUGCUGGUGAUCACUAAUAACAAUAACCCUCAGGACUCAUCACAAAGAAGCUGAAGACUGGUUAUUGUACAAAAAUAAGUUGUAACCUGACUUCCUAAAGCCUUGCUGUGAUUGAUAUGAAGCACUUUAAGAGAAGUAAUCAGUCUACCUGCUUAAAUGAGCAAGUUCCACAAAUACUCAAGCUUUUCAUCCAGAACAAAGCAGACUGCUUGCUGAGUAUCCAUUAAAGCAAUGAGACUAACUAGUCAGUCAAUCAUUCUUUGUCAGAGGUACUUUAUCCCACAGCUACAUGAGUUCUACAGAGAAGUUCACCCAAGCCUGAUUAUCUAAGCUGCAUCAAUGCCCUCCACCACAAGGUCAGAAGUCAAGAUGUUCACUGACAAUUGCAGUUUUUAACUUCAUUUGUAAAUACUCAGCAACUGAUUGCCCAUACAUGCAGUCUAAAUCAUACAAAUGGAACAUGCCUUUUUGGAUUACGUUGUCCAUGACUGAUCAAGUACCAUCAGUACUAAACCUGUUUGCCAGUCCCUAGGCAAUUCCAGUGCUUGAUUAGAUAUUUAAAUGAUAAAAUGCUUGCCUCUACCCCCAACUCAAGUAUUGUGCUCCAGAUACCAGAACACACUGGAAGAAUUCUUCGGAUCUCUCAUUUCGUACCCUAAACUUGUGUCUUGAAAUUUUCAUCUCUGCUCUGGUGGAACAUUUCUACUCUUGAGCCACACCCACUUGUAUUUCAGGUUCUGCCUGUCCAGUUUCAUGAUAACAAAUGCUCCGUCCCAAGCAACAUCCUGCCGAAUCUCCUCAGCACCCCUCCAUUGUAUUCACAUUCUUCCCAUCGCGUGGCAGACUUGCACAGUAUUACAGUUGUGGCCUAUGUUUUAUAAAAUUAUACAAUAAGCUCUCUGCGCUUAUACCUGAUGCCCCAGCUAAUGAAGACAAGUAUCACAUAAACGUCUCCCAGCUUGUGUGUGUGUUGCAAUCUAUGGAUUUGUACACCAAAUUCCCACCUUUUCACAAAACUCCAUACAGCCCUAACAUUUGAGUGAUACUCCCGGGGCCAUGGUUACAACAGCAGGGUCCUGUAAUAACUGAUUUACCCCUUAUCACCCCAAGUUGUUCCUACCAACUAUAAGGCUCAAGUUGGAAGCAUGAUCAAAUACUCAACCUUUACUAAAUGAGUGAAAUGACAAGAGCUCUGAAGAAGCCCAAUACCCAUCCAGGAUAACGCAGCCCACUUGAUUAGAGUUUCAUCAUCACCCUAAACAUUCAUUUUGCACAUUGUCUGUAGUGUGUGUGUGCCACUUACAAAAUGCUCACCAGAUUACCAUGGCAGUGCCUACCAAGCCACCACCAGCAAGGGCAAAGGUAGCAGGCACAUACAGACAUCAGAAUGUGCAGCUCCACCUCCAAAUCAGGCAUCAAUGGAAAUGUGUCACUUGUCCAUAACUACACUAAAUCCAAAUACUGGAUCCUCCUAUAAGACGACAAAAUGAGAUUACCUUCACCAGGAUUGCAAAUGUUCAAGAUGAUAGCCGACCACCAUUUUCCCAUGCACAAUAAAUCCUUGCUUCACCAGUGAUACCCUGAUACUUAUUAUGAAUAUAAAAACACCUUUCACAUGUACUUAGCUACACUGCUUGACAAAUGUGGCUGGAAGUGUUUGUAAUUUACAAACAUACUACAGCCAUAUGUCAACGAUUACUGGACAGUGCUUUCCAAAAUUGAACUCCGGCACCAGAAAGAAAAAGGUAGCUGACACAUAAUUGAGUCAGCAAUUCAGUAAUUACAGAAACUUGGCCAUACAAACUGGACGUGGUUGAAAGAUCUGUAGUCUGAAUACCAACACUGGGGAACAAAACAAUUUUAAAACAGUCUGUAAAUCAACGUUCACAGCAUUUGCCAACUUUGCAACCAUUUCACCACUAAUCCUUUAAUCUUUCAGAUUCUUUUCAGUGAAUAAAAUGAUUUACAACAUUAUGAAAUGCCUUUUGCAAGUUCAAAUAUUCAACUUCAUUAACACCAUAAACUAUUAUUUUAUCAUGUUAAUCAUGUUUGAGUUGGAACAACUUUCCACAAAUGCACUAUUGAUUUGCAUAUUUCUAACAUUCGUAGGGUCGUACUUUAAAGUUUAACAAAUCUUAGCUGAUUCAAUUUAUUACCCUGCAUAUUUCUAACAUUCGUAGGGUCGUACUUUAGAGUUUAGCAAAUCUUAGCUGAUUCAAUUUAUUACCCUAUCUUUCCUAAAUUUCCACUUGUAAACCAUUACUUUGUUUUUAAACAUAGUACCAAAGUUGAACAAAAUCUUUCAGUCUUACUUAAAGUUAUGAGAAGUGGGGAAAAGACAGUUGGGGGGGAAGGGUGGAACUGUCAGCCCCGUUGAAAUGAGCUUUGGAUGGCACUUCGGUGCUGUGAGAAUGAUUAAUUUGGAAAAUUAGUAGUGAGAUGUUGCCCUACAGUCAAUUUAGAGGCGCAGGAACACAGGGAUCUGAACCAUAAGAUUAAUUCCAUUUCUGUUCUGAUAUAAAGACUCAAAGUGGGAAAUAGAUUAUGGGAACUCUGUUCAACUCCCAGAAAUAGCAUUUUCUUGAUUCAACUCAAACACUUGACAUAAUCUUCUUACUUAACACUACUUAUUGUAUCUUCUCAGUUUACUGUCUGCAGGCAUGUGAUGGGAAUUUCCGAAAUGCAGUUUCACAGAAUGCAUUGGCCAAGUUUGUAUCAUUAAUAAUUUAUUAACUUCAGAAUUGUGUUAAGACAGGCAUAUCCAUCCUGCGGGAAGAUAAUCAAAUCUGCCUAAACCACAUACCACAUUACACCUUUGAUUAUUCCACUUUAAAUCCAUAGUUCUGCAUAGCGUAGCCAAGAUUGCACAUGUGCAAUUCCUGAGCUAGGUUUCACAGGUCUGCCAUACUCUUGGUUCUUCAUAUGCACCUGGUAUUUCAGGUUAUUAGGACUGAAAAAGUUACCUAUUUCAUCAUCAUUCAGAUUUGUGCCAAGCUGGUCUUGAGCCCAUCAUGAAACAAUUUUUCCUGGCGGGCAAGUUUGCUAGAUCUGUUGGGGAGGGUUUAAAUUAAUUUCGCAGCGGGGGGGGGAAAUUACCAGGUAAGGGAUGGGGCAGAUGGUUUAUGAGUAGAUGCAGUGUGUAAUGAGAAUGUGAGGAUGGAUCGGCAGUUGAUAUGGAAAAAUUGCAGUCAGUAGGAGGCAUUGAAUUGUGUCUUUUAAUAACAGGGAGGUGGGUUCAACAGUUUGUAAAAAUGAGGGCAAAGUACAAGGGAAGGGAGAUGCAGCAAAGGUUACAGAAGUCUCCAGAAUAAACAAAGACAAGAAUUUAACUUCCAGUAAGGCAAAAUUAAAAAGGGUGGUGAAUACAGGACUAAAGGUGUUAUAUCUGAAUGCGUGCAGUAUAAAGAAGUACAGCUCAAGAAAAAAGCUUGUGAACCCUUUGCAACUACCUGGUUUUCUGCAUGAAUUGCUCAUAAAAUGUGUUCUGAUCUUCAUCUAAGUCACAAUAAUAGGCAAAUGCAAUCUACUAACAAUUGUACGCCUCAUCAAUACUGAGUACACUAUUUAAACAAUCACAGUCUCAGUUCAAAAAAGUAUUUGAACCUCUGAGGUAAUGCCUUCAAAAAAAAGCUAUUUGGAGUCAGGUGUUCCAAUCAAUGGAUGCUGAAGGAGGUGAAAAGAACCCAAGGGUAAAAGCAAAAGUCCUUCAGAAAGCUCUAGAACUUGCUGAAGUCUCUCUUCAUGCGUCCACUAUAAGAAAAACACUGAACAAAAAUGGUGUUCAUGGAAGGACACCAUGGGAGAAACCACUGCUCUCCAAAAACAAAACAUUGCUGCAAGUCUCAAGUUUUCAAAAGACCACCUGGAUGUUCCACAAUGCUUCUGGGGCAAUGUUCUGUGGACAGAUGAGACAAAAGUUGAACUUUUUGGCAGAAAUGCACACCAUUAUGUUUGGGGGGAAAUGGGCACUGCACACCCAACACCAAAUCCUCAUCCCAACUGUGAAGCACAGUGGAAAGACCAUCACGGUUCAGGGCUGCUUUGCUGCCUCAGGGCCUGGACAGCUUGCAAUUAUUGAGGGAACAAUGGAUAGUAUCAAGACACGUCAUAGGAGAAUAUCAGGGUAGCGGUCUGUCACCUGGGGCAUAACAGAAGUUGGAUGAUGCAACAAGGCCAUGAUCCGAAACACAAUAGUAAAUCAACAGCAUAGUAUAAGGAUAAGAAAAUUUGUAUUUUGGGAUGUCAAAGUCAGAGACCAGACCUUAACCCAAUUGAGAUGCUGUAGCAUGACUUGAAGAGUGCUGUUCAUGCAAGGUAUCCCAAUAAUAUCGAUGAACUGAAAUAGCUUUGUGUGGAGGAAUGGUCUUGGCCAUUGUGCAAGUCUAAUUCAGCAGCUACGGGAAACAUUUGGAGGAGGUUAUUCCUGCUAAAGGAGGUUCUACCAGUUAUUAAAUACAAGGGUUCACAUACUUUUUCAAGCCUGGACUGUGAAUGAUUAAACAAUGUGUUCAAUAGAGAUAUGAAAAGUACAAUUGUUGAUCUGUGCAACUCACACAGAAUGCUGGAGGAACUCAGCAGGCCAGGCAGCAUCUAUGGAAAAAACUAAAGUUGACAUUUCGGGCCGAGACCCUUUCCAGUCUGACCUGAGGGUUUCCGCCCGAAAU